AUGCAAACGGCGUGUCGUGUCGUUUCUCGCCUCCUUGGGUCCUCGAAGCACUCUUCUUCCUCCGUCAUUAUCAACUCAUCGUUUAACAAUCUCUCCCAGGUAGUUUUUUUGGAACCCAGUUUGAUACCCCACAAUCAGGACUUUUUUCAAUUUAGAUCUUAUACAAAUAUCGGACCAGCCAGAGGUUUUUCCUCGGUGAAUAGUUCGAGACGUUUCGUUUUGCUGGGUUUUGUAUUGCCCGAGAAUGAUCCCAUCAUUUAUCAGCAUCAUAGACAAUUUUACUCUUCCCAUCGAAGCUUUUUUACAAGGGCUAAACAAAUAAAGAAGAUUGAAAUCAAUGAUCAGCACAGUCAACGAGCUGUUACUACUGCUUUAUGGUGCAACUUCCUUGUCUUUUCUCUCAAGUUUGGGGUCUGGUUAGCUACUUCUAGUCAUGUUAUGUUAGCUGAGAUGGUUCAUUCGAUUGCUGAUUUUGCUAAUCAGGCGCUGCUUGCUUAUGGUCUUAGUAGUUCAAGGCGUGCACCAGAUGCUAUGCAUCCUUAUGGCUAUUCCAAGGAAAGAUUUGUUUGGUCCUUGAUAUCUGCUGUUGGCAUAUUCUGUCUCGGCUCUGGCGCUACAAUUGUUCAUGGAGUUCAAAACCUGUGGACAUCACAUCCCCCAGCUAAUAUUGAAUAUGCAGCUUUGGUGAUAGGUGGUUCAUUUAUGAUUGAAGGUGCUUCUCUUGUUGUUGCCAUACAAGCUGUCAAGAAAGGUGCAGCAGCAGAAGGAAUGAAAGUGAGAGACUAUGUUUGGCGUGGCCAUGAUCCUACGUCUGUUGCAGUCAUGACAGAGGAUGGUGCUGCAGUAACUGGUCUUGCUAUAGCCGCAGCAUCGCUGGUUGCAGUGAAUAUAACUGGGAAUGGAAUUUAUGAUCCCAUAGGCUCCAUUAUAGUCGGUAACCUUCUUGGAAUGGUUGCCAUAUUUCUCAUCCAGCGGAACCGGCAUGCCUUGAUAGGGAGAGCAAUUGAUGAACAUGAUAUGCAGAAGGUUCUCCAUUUCUUGAAGAAUGACCCGGUUGUAGAUGCUUUAUAUGAUUGCAAAAGUGAGGUGAUUGGACCUGGUUUCUUCCGAUUCAAGGCAGAGAUCGAUUUCAAUGGAGUGGUGGUUGUGCAAAAUUAUCUUCACAGAACUGGACGUGAAGAGUGGGCGAGACAGUUUCGAGAAGCUGCAAAGGAGACAGAUGAUUCUGCAUUGCUAAAGAUCAUGUCAAACUAUGGUGAGGAAGUAGUCACCGCUCUAGGAAGUGAAGUUGAUCGGCUAGAAAAGGAGAUCCAAGAACUUGUUCCUGGUAUUCGGCACGUAGAUAUUGAAGCUCACAACCCCAUAGACCUAUCAUCAUGAUCCACAUUUUCAUGCAGCAAUAUUUCCGCCAUAUUUUUCUUGUUUUAUUGAUAAUGGGCAACUAAAAGCAUGCAAUUAAAAUUUUACUGUAUUGUUUGAACUACAGUUUCCGAUUGUCGUGUUAAUAGGGUGGGGGGGAUUUUAUGAACAAUUGCAGUAGGAGAUUGUGACAGCUCUAUAAAUAAGGAAUUUGUAAGUUUAGUAGUUUGUGUUGGGAUUCGAGUUUAUGUUCAAAUAUGAAAAUAAAUAAUUAAUUAAAAAAAUAUAACGUAGUGAAAUAAUAAAUUAACAUUUAAUUUG